AUGGACAUCCUCAAUCCUGCUGAGUUUCCCCUUGCAAAACCCGCAUCUCGCAACAGCCGCGCCUGGUUCCUAGACGAACUCGACAUAUAUCAAACCGAGAAGCCUUACCGGCUUCGCUUCGAGUCUCCAGAUCCUUCUAUAGCACGCACAAACACGCAGAGCACGUUGACGACUGAAGAUGCUGCCGAUGAGCAGAAGGUAAAGCAGAUUUAUCUACAAAGCCUCAAACCAGUGCUCCGUGACUUUUUCCGGACGCCGAAUGUGGUGAUUUUGGAAUACGUUAUUCGGAAACGAGAGGAGUCCUUUCCCAUUUCCCAUGGCGGAGAUCAUGAGACUAAUCAACCGGUUCUGGUAGCUCAUGUAGAUUGGACUCCUCGGCAUGUUGAAUCAAGAGUCCGGAGGUUCAUGGGCGCUGCCAAGGCAGAGAAGAUCUUAAGUGGUCGUUACCAAUACGUGGACGUGUGGAAACCACUAAAAGGCCUAGUCCGAGACUGGCCGCUGGCACUACGCGACCUCUCAUCCAUCGACCCAGACAAGGAUCUGGAGAUGGCAGACACAGUGUUCGAUAUUGGAGAAUACGAAGUGCAACAAAAUUACCAGAUGAACCACCGCCCGCAGCAUCGAUGGUUCUAUCUUAGCGAGCAGAAGACAGAUGAGAUCACUAUCUUCCGGCAGUAUGAUUCGGAGAUCGGGCAUGGUUCUGGGGUGCCUCACGUAGCGCUCCCGGAUCCGAGUGUAGACAGUAGCGCAGAGCUGCGAGGGAGUAUUGAAGUGCAAUGUCUAGUGUAUUGGGAUAGUGUAUAG